AUGGCCUCCCCACCAGUUCCGAAUGGCGUAGAUCUCAACGAGUCUAGAGUACCCAGCAUCAUCGGUGCUCUCAGUGGCACAUGGGCACUCGCAGCCAUCGCCGUUGCACUGCGGUUCUUUGCUCGACAUAUACAAGCCAACAAGCUUUGGUUGGAUGAUUGGCUAAUCACUGUUUCAUUGGUACUGAACAAAACCCCGCGUUUGAUGAUCCCAAAUGGAACCGGUAAACACAUUUGGGCAGCACCGCCCUCAGCGACAAAAGCGUGGGCGAUAGGUCUUUUCGCAUCAGAGAUGGCGUACACCGUUACGAUGUCAACAGUCAAGUGGUCGACGCUAGCGCUCUACUGGCGAAUUUUCAACACUCGAAAAAGCAUCAGGUAUUACAUCUGGACCACGGCCGGCACCAUCUUGGCUUGGUUCGUUGUUGUUAUAUUUGUUUUGAUUUUUCAAUGUCACCCUGUCCAUGCGUUCUGGGCCCGCUAUGACACAGAGCAUCCCUUGACGUCCGACCAAUACACAUGCGGCGUAGAUGUCAAGAUGUUCUUCAUGGGAAACUCUAUACUUAACAUUAUCACGGAUGCUCUGCUUGUGUUGUUGCCCAUACCCUACGUUUGGAAGCUGCAACUGCAUACAGCCCAGAAGCUUGCCUUGGCGGGCGUCUUUGCGCUCGGUACUUUUGUUACCGUAGUGUCUACGGCCCGGUUAAACGUGAUUCUGUCUGUCGAUCUCACGUCACCGGACAUCACCUGGAACUUCAUCGACACCAUUAUCUGGACUCAUGUCGAAGCCAACACGGCCAUCAUUUGCGGUUGUCUUCCUUGCCUCAAAACAAUUCUCAAUCUCGCGCUCAACGGCGGCUUCAAAUCUUCGAUCAACUCGAGCAACCAGAACUCUGGCGACCAAUUCAUACUUCACGACCGGACGAAGCUUAGUACUGCCGAUAGCAGCAACUCUUUGGGUGGCUCUGGUACCGAGUCGAUGCAGAUAGGUCUUGGUGGAGGUGGUGUCGAAGACGAGCGCCCUCUCACAUGGUUGACUGAACGAGAUUCCGAGGCGAGUUUACAUGCCGUUAAUGACGAAGGGGCCUGUGGGCGGGAAAGUUUAAGCAAAGCUGGAGGAAGUAUAGAUACCCACGGUGUAAGCGGGCAUUCUUAA